UCAAGUUAUGAUUUAUGAUUGGGCUGCAUAUGGUAAUCUACGCGAAAUGUAUUUAAAAUAUGAUAUUGGCUGGUCUACAAAAUUGCAGUUCGCACGUGAUAUUUUUAACGGUCUAGUAUUCAUGCAUCAAUGUAAUCUUUAUCAUCAUGACGUUCGAUGUGAGAAUAUCUUGGUUACUGAUAGAUUUGAGCCUAAAAUUUCUAAUGUCGAGCUCAGUCGUACUAUUAUAUAUGGACUUCCAGAAA